CUCGGCCAUCGCCGGGUCGAGGCGGGGCCUGUGCGACGUCCACACCGGCCCUGGAGGCCGGGGACACGCGGGCCGAGGGAGCAGAAGGUCUCUUCUCUCUUCCCCAUUUCCCGGCCCCCCAACCCCGGCGGCGGGGCAGAGGCGGCCAGAUCCACCCGGGAAUUUUGGAAGCACACACUCUGCCCCCUCCCUCUCUGCUUGUCUCGCAGCAAGCCGCGGGCGGUCCGAGUCCCCGAGGCCGUGCAGGGGGCCCCGCCGGGGGAGCUGCCAGCUGCGGACCGGCCACUAGCCCAGCGGAGCCGCGAGCGCGCCCCGCACGCAGACGCAAGGCCGACGGCGUUGCCAGGGGCGCGCGACUAGGAAAUGGCAGCGGACUGACUCCUCCCGCUUCCCGUUCUCGCUCCCGCUUCCCGUUCUCGCUCCCGCUUCCCGUUCUCGCUCCCGCUUCCCGUUCUCGCCCGCGAACCCGGACAACGCGCCGCGGCCGCAGAACAGCCUCCUGCGCCGAGCGUCCGCGACACCAGUCCUGGGGUCAAGUGCCUCAGUUUCAAUCUGGGAAUUCUUUAAAUGAAACUUGUUUAAAAUCUUAGACCAUACCCAAAAGAGAGACCCCAGUCAACAAUAAGGUGGAAAAGAAUGAUGUUUUCCUUAAACAGUCUACAGAAUGUCGUCUAUAACCCGAUAAUUCCCUAUGUUGGGACCAUUUCUGAGCAGCUGGAGCCUGGAACUUUGAUUGUACUACGUGGGCAAGUUCCUAGUGACUCAGACAGGUUCCAGGUGGACUUACAGUGUGGCAGCAGCGUGAAACCUCGAGCGGACGUGGCCUUUCAUUUCAAUCCCCGGUUCAGAAGGGCCAACUGCAUUGUCUGCAACACUCUGAAAAAUGAGAAGUGGGGCAGGGAAGAGAUCUCCUACGACGUGCCUUUCAAGGAAGGAAAAUCCUUUGAGAUCGUGGUCAUGGUGCUGAAGGACAAAUUCCAGGUGGCUGUCAAUGGAAAACACACCCUGAUCUACGCCCACAGGAUCAGCCUAGAGAAGAUCGACACCCUGGGCAUUUAUGGCAAAGUGAUCAUUCACUCUGUGGGUUUCAGCUUCAGCUCGGAUUUAAGAAGUAGCCAAGCAUCUACUCUGGAAUGGACAGAGAUAAGUGAAGAAAAUGCACAAAAGUCUGGCGUGUCACAGUUUACUCUGCCGUUCGUAGCGAGGUUGAACUCCUCAGUGGGCCCUGGACGGACUGUCGUCAUAAAAGGAGAAAUAAAUACAAACGCCAAAGGCUUUUCUGUUAAUCUACUAUCAGGAAAAUCCAAGGAUAUUGCUCUCCACCUGAACCCACGCCUGAAUGUUAAAGCAUUUGUAAGAAAUUCUUUUCUUCAGGAGUCCUGGGGAGAAGAAGAGAGAAAUAUUACCUGUUUCCCUUUUAGUCCUGGGAUGUACUUUGAGAUGAUAAUUUAUUGUGACGUUAGAGAAUUCAAGGUUGCAGUAAAUGGUGUACACAGCCUGGAGUACAGACACAGAUUUAAAGACCUGAGUCAUAUCGACACGCUGGAAAUCGAUGGCGAUAUCCACUUACUGGAAGUAAGGAGCUGGUAGCUGACAGGUGUGCUACAAAAACUGAAAUACAGAUGACUUCUGUAACACUGGCCUUGUUAAAAUGCAUCUUACUCAUAUGGUUUCUAUAUAUUGUUAAAAUGGGCUGAAGUCCUACUGGGUGUCUUCAGUCCAUGUCACGCAGUGAGGCUUUGUCAAGCAAAAAAUGAGGACAUUUGAGGCAACAGCAGCUUAUAGCCAUUAUUAUAACAGGCCUUUCUCUCUCUUCUGCACCCUGGCCGCCUCUUUUUUAAACCUACUUCACAUUCAAUAAGUGUUUAUUAAGAGCCUGCUGUAACACAGUAGCCACCCUGCAUGGAGUGCUUGUCUUUUGCCAGCACUGAGCUGGGAGGACACAGCGGGUCACGUACGUUCCCUGUUCUGUUCAGCUCAGAACCUUCCAUGCUUUGCCACUGUGCCGUUGUUUCUCCUCCAUGCACUACAUAAACUCACCAGGCACUGAAAAGAAUUAUUCUAUUAGAUCACCUAAGGACACUAAGUUAUAGGCGACACCACUCUUCCUCCAGUGCUGCCCUCAUACCCAGUGUUUGAUUGUAUCCCGUAACUGAGAGGACUGAUGUUGACCUACAUCUGGCGAUUUUCUUUAGCAUAAUAUCUAGCUCUUCUAGCUGUAAGCAUUACCAAAUAAUUAUCAUUACGAGAUCUGAACACAGCACAAGAUAGAGGCAAAAAACAAAGCAAAACGAACAAAACCAAAUGGUGCUGAAAUUAACUUGAUGUCAAUCUCCAGGCCACUGAUCUUCUGUACCAGUAAAUGCUUAUUUUAGAAAAUUGGAAUUUAGGGUGAGUCAGAGGUCUUCGCUGCACAUACUCUAUAGAAAGUUGAAGGUAGACGAGAGAUGGAUUCAAUUUGUAAAAUGUUUGCGGGUAACAAAGCAAUGCCAAGAUUAGACUUAAUGAUUGAUUACAGAACAGGCCCUAUCAGAAAGUAAAAUACACCAGCAGAGGCCAGUGAAGUAGAGAGAGGCGGUGUGUGUCUGCUGCUUGUCCGCACGCAGACCAGCACUGCCUCUCCUCUUCUAAGACGACCCCAUCAUUGUUAGUGACUGAGAUCAAAACGCUGUUCUCCCUUCAGUGAUUAAAAUCAAACCUGUAUCAGCAAGUUAAACUGUUGUUGCAUUUCUGUAAUUUUUUCUGUUAUUCUUUGAAGCAAGUUGGCAGAAGUUCUUUGUAGAAUUCUUACAGGUCAGAUCUUGUCACAGGGAAUUUCAAAGCCUUGGGAGUGGGGAGGUAAAAAGCUAGAUCAGUCAGAUAAUUUUAUAUUAAAUCGCUGGGCUGAAUUCUGCCAGGAUUUGGGAAUAUUUUCAUAACAGCUUUUGGUUAGGUAUUAUUUGUAUCCCUAUAGUGGAAAAAAUAAUUACCAGUCUUACUUUUAAAAAGUACUCAGUGUAGAAACUUCUAGAAACUUAAUAAUUCUUUUCCACCUUUUCAUAUUAAUUUAUUAUGCUCAGUCUUGCCAAGCUAAAACAAACACACACUGGUGGAGGAGAGGAUGUUGGGAAAGCUGUAGAAGGCAAGAAGGGUCUAAGAUCCCCCAAGGUUUUUUUUUCCUCCGGAAAAGAACAUCAGAGGGCCUGGCAGAUGGUGAAAACUGUGGACCACUUAGGAAAAAAGAAAAGCCCACUUACCUUGUUUCCUGUAAGUCUUAAACAUAGUUCAUUUUCAUUUUAUGUGGAUGAUACUAAGACCAUUUCUUUGAUAGAAUAAAAACAAAAUCUUAAGAUUUUUUUUUUGAAAAGAAGCUAUUAGCAUUUAUUAAUGACUCCUGUUGAGAUGUUUCAUAAAGAGAAAUAUGCAUUCCUAGCAAGUUCCAUCUCCAAACUGCAAAUCAGCCUUUUGCUUGUCACAAUUCCACACUAAGUUUCUGUAUUAAAUUAGAUCAAGGGCUUUCAGACUUGAUUUGAACACCUAUGGAG